AAAUCAGGAAAGAAGAAAACCUUUCUCAUGUGUCAUCUGUAAAAAGCGUUUGUCUUUCAAAUCUGUUUUUGAUGCUCACAUGAAAACUCAUACGGGUCAAAAGCCGUUUUCAUGUGUGACCUGUUUAAAAAGUUUUAUUCGAAAACGGGCUUUAACUCAGCACAUGAUGAUUCAUACUGGUGAAAAGCCGUUUUCAUGUGUGACCUGUGGAAAAAGUUUUAGUCGAAAACAGCAUUUAACUGGACACAUGAGAACUCAUACAGGUGAAAAGCCGUUUUCAUGUAUGAACUGUGGAAAAAGUUUUGGUUAUAAACUGGCUUUAACUCAGCACAUGAUGAUUCACACUGGUGAAAAGCCGUUUUCAUGUGUGACCUGUGGAAAAAGUUUUAGUCAAAAACCGCAUUUAACUAAGCACAUGAUGAUUCACACUGGUGAAAAGCCGUUUUCAUGUGUGACCUGUGGAAAAAGCUUUAGUCAAAAAACGCAUUUAACUAAGCACAUGAUGAUUCACACUGGUGAAAAGCCGUUUUCAUGUGUGAACUGUGGAAAAAGUUUUAGUGAAAAACCGGGUUUAACUCAGCACAUGAUGAUUCACACUGGUGAAAAGCCGUUUUCAUGUGUGAACUGUGGAAAAAGUUUUAGUCGAAAACAGCAUUUAACUCGGCACAUGAUGAUUCACACAGGUGAAAAGCCGUUUUCAUGUGUGAACUGUGGAAAAAGUUUUUGUCAAAAACUGGGUUUAACUCAGCACAUGAUGAUUCACACUGGUGAAAAGCCGUUUUCAUGUGUGACCUGUGGAAAAACUUUUAUUCGAAAACCGGAUUUAACUCAGCACAUGAGAACUCAUACGGGUCAAAAGCCGUUUUCAUGUGUGACCUGUGGAAAAUAUUUUAGUCAAAAACAGGAUUUAACUCGGCACAUGAUGAUUCACACUGGUGAAAAGCCGUUUUCAUGUGUGAACUGUGGAAAAUAUUUUAGUCAAAAACAUGAUUUAACUCGGCAUAUGAUGAUUCACACUGGUGAAAAGUCUUUUUCAUGUGUGAACUGUGGAAAAAGUUUUCGUCGUAAACCGCAUUUAUCUCAGCACAUGAUGAUUCACACUGGUGAAAAGCCGUUUUCAUGUGUGACCUGUGGAAAGAGUUUUAGUCAAAAACAUGUUUUAACUCAGCACAUGAUGAUUCACACAGGUGAAAAGCCGUUUUCAUGUGUGAAUUGUGGAAAAAGUUGUAGUCAAAAACAGGAUUUAACUCAGCACAUGAUGAUUCACACUGGUGAAAAGCCGUUUUCAUGUGUGACCUGUGGAAGAAGUUUUAUUCGAAAACGGGAUUUAACUCUGCACAUGAGGAUUCACACAGGUGAAAAGCCGUUUUCAUGUGUGAACUGUGGAAAAAGUUUUAUUCGAAAACGGGUUUUAACUCUGCACAUGAGGAUUCACACUGGUGAAAAGCCGUUUUCAUGUGGAAAUUGUGGAAAAAGUUUUAGUCGAAAACAACAUUUAAUUCGGCACAUGAGGAUUCACACUGGUGAAAAGCCGUUUUCAUGUGUGACCUGUGGAAAGAGUUUUAGUGAAGAACAAGUUUUAACUCGGCACAUGAUGAUUCACACUGGUGAAAAGCCGUUUUCAUGUGUGAAUUGUGGAAAGAGUUUUAGUCAAAAACAAGUUUUAACUCAGCACAUGAUGAUUCACACUGGUGAAAAGCCGUUUUCAUGUGUGAACUGUGGAAAAAGUUUUAGUCGAAAACUGCAUUUAACUAGACACAUGAGAACUCAUACAGGUGAAAAGCCAUUUUCAUGUGUGACCUGUGGGAAAACUUUAAGUCGAAAUGAUGAGUUAACUCAGCACAUGAUGAUUCACACUGGUGAAAAGCCGUUUUCAUGUGUGACCUGUUUAAAAAGUUUUAGUCAUAAACAUAGUUUAACUCAGCACAUGACGCGUCACACAGUUGAAAAGCUGUAG